GGCAUGCCUGGAGACCAGGGAGACCCACGGUUUAAUCUAAGGAAGAAUGCUCGUGGUGUUUUAAAUGCCCAAACAGAAGAUUGCAUUUGUUUUAGACAGCACCAGGAAGUUCAUCACUGGUGAAAGUUUUAGCAGUUACGCCACUCCAGCAUGCCAGGAGCUAUCCAUAUCCAUCUUCUGCUAGUACUAGCAAUGAGGUUUUUAUUCCAGCCAGCAGACGAAAUUAUCAGAAGGUAGGAUAUUAGGAUAUGGAAGGAGAAGGCUUGAUUCUCAAUCUAUGUUAUAAAAGAGAAGACUUUAAUACCAAAAUAGAAGAUACAAAUCCAGUGUGAAAAUCUUUAACCACUUUCAAUAAAGAACUCACUCUACACAUGCCAAGGAGCAUCCUGAUGGGGACCUGGAAAACGCUAUCUGAUUAUCCUAAAAGACAGCACCUGUGUAAGACUUCUUGUAAGUUUUUCUUGAAUCAUGAGGGAUGAAAUUGCAACAACAGUUUUCUUUGUCACAAGACUGGUGAAAAAGCAUGACAGACUGAGUAAACAGCAAAUUGAAGACUUUGCAGAAAAGCUGAUCACAAUCUUGUUUGAAACAUACAGAAGUCACUGGCACUCUGAUUGCCCUUCUAAGGGGCAAGCCUUCAGAUGUAUCAGGAUAAACAAUAAUCAAAACAAAGAUCCCAUUCUGGAAAGGGCUUGUGCUGAAAGCAAUGUGGAUUUUUCUCACCUGGGACUCCCAAAGGAGAUGACCAUAUGGGUAGAUCCCUUUGAAGUGUGUUGCAGGUAUGGUGAGAAAAAUCAUCCAUUUACAAUUGCUUCUUUUAAAGGCAGGUGGGAGGAACGGGAACUCUCCCAACAAAUCAGUUAUGCUGUUAGUAGGGCCACGUUGGACUCCUCCCCGGGCAGCUCCUCCGAUGAAGAAGGUUGUAACCAAGAACCUCAGAUAAUUCCUAAAGUCAACAAUCCAAAGAGUAUUUAUCAGGUUGAGAAUUUGAAACGACCCUUUCAAUCUUGGUUCCAAAUCCCCCGCAAAAAUAAUAUGGUGGAUGGCCGUAUGGGCCUCCUAGAAAAUGCUUAUCAUGUGUUGCAUAAGAACCCUAAGGGUCAUAGGGCUGCUGCCAUACACCGGGUGGACAGGUACCACUGGGUCAACACGCACCGAUAAUGCAGUGACUGAGCACUCGGUAGGAUAGAGCUCAGAGAAGCUGUGUUACUUUUCUCUGAAAGGAAAAUGAGUCUAAGGUUGAGAGGCCCAUGAAACUGAAAAAAAUAACCACAUUAGGGACUAGAGUGCAUGAUGGUGAAUCCUCUCACACAGAUCAUGACUAUGUUCUUAGCUGUAAUUUAAUUCUUAUUUAAUUUUAUGUGAAGUUUUAUGUAACACUAGUGAAUGUACUCAAUAACAUGAUAGAAUGAAGAUACUGACCUGUGAUAAGAUUCAAUGAAUUAUGAAAAGUAGCAGUUUAAAUAAACUUAUUGUGUUUUUAAUACC